AUGUCGUCCGACACCAUGAAGUUCAAUGGCUACCUGAGGGUCCGCAUCGGCGAGGCCGUGGGGCUGCAGCCCACCCGCUGGUCCCUGCGCCACUCGCUCUUCAAGAAGGGCCACCAGCUGCUGGACCCCUACCUGACCGUGAGCGUGGACCAGGUGCGCGUGGGCCAGACCAGCACCAAGCAGAAGACCAACAAGCCCACGUACAACGAGGAGUUCUGCGCCAACGUCACGGACGGCGGCCACCUGGAGCUGGCCGUCUUCCAUGAGACGCCGCUGGGCUACGACCACUUCGUGGCCAACUGCACCCUGCAGUUCCACGAGCUGCUGCGCACCGCCGGCGCCUCGGACACCUUCGAGGGCUGGUUGGAUCUGGAGCCAGAAGGAAAAGUGUUCGUAGUAAUAACCCUAACGGGGAGUUUCACUGAAGCCACUCUCCAGAGAGACCGAAUCUUCAAACAUUUUACCAGGAAGCGCCAAAGGGCUAUGCGAAGGCGAGUCCACCAGAUCAACGGACACAAAUUCAUGGCCACGUACCUGCGGCAGCCCACCUACUGCUCUCACUGUAGGGAGUUUAUCUGGGGAGUAUUUGGAAAACAGGGUUAUCAAUGCCAAGUGUGCACCUGUGUCGUCCAUAAGCGCUGCCAUCAUCUAAUUGUUACCGCCUGCACUUGCCAAAACAAUAUUAACAAAGUGGAUGCAAAGACCGCUGAGCAGAGGUUUGGAAUCAACAUCCCACACAAGUUCAGCAUCCACAACUACAAAGUGCCAACAUUCUGCGACCACUGCGGCUCCCUGCUCUGGGGGAUAAUGCGGCAAGGACUUCAGUGUAAAAUCUGUAAAAUGAACGUGCACAUCCGGUGUCAGGCGAACGUGGCCCCGAACUGCGGGGUGAAUGCGGUGGAGCUGGCCAAGACGCUGGCCGGGAUGGGCCUCCAACCCGGAAAUAUUUCUCCAACCUCGAAGCUCGUUUCCAGAUCAACUCUAAGACGACAGGGAAAGGAGAGCACCAAAGAAGGGAACGGAGUUGGGGUUAAUUCUUCCAACCGGUUUGGUAUCGACAACUUUGAGUUCAUCCGAGUAUUGGGGAAGGGGAGCUUUGGGAAGGUGAUGCUCGCAAGAAUAAAAGAAACAGGAGACCUCUAUGCUGUGAAGGUGCUGAAGAAGGACGUGAUCCUGCAGGAUGAUGACGUGGAGUGCACAAUGACGGAGAAAAGGAUUCUGUCGUUGGCCCGCAAUCACCCCUUCCUCACUCAGUUGUUCUGCUGCUUUCAGACCCCUGAUCGGCUGUUCUUUGUGAUGGAGUUUGUGAACGGGGGCGACUUGAUGUUCCACAUCCAGAAGUCGCGUCGUUUUGACGAAGCGCGAGCUCGUUUCUAUGCUGCAGAGAUCAUUUCGGCGCUCAUGUUCCUGCACGAGAAAGGCAUCAUCUACAGAGAUCUGAAACUGGACAAUGUGCUGUUGGACCACGAGGGUCACUGUAAACUGGCAGACUUCGGAAUGUGCAAGGAGGGCAUCUGUAAUGGCGUCACCACGGCAACCUUCUGCGGCACGCCCGACUAUAUUGCUCCAGAGAUCCUGCAGGAAAUGCUCUACGGGCCCGCCGUGGACUGGUGGGCGAUGGGCGUGCUGCUCUAUGAGAUGCUCUGCGGCCACGCGCCCUUCGAGGCAGAGAACGAAGACGACCUCUUCGAGGCCAUCCUGAACGACGAGGUGGUCUACCCUACCUGGCUCCACGAAGAUGCCACGGGGAUCCUGAAAGCUUUCAUGACCAAGAACCCUACUAUGCGCUUGGGCAGCCUGACUCAGGGUGGCGAGCACGCCAUCUUGAGACAUCCUUUCUUUAAGGAAAUAGACUGGGCCCAGCUGAACCAUCGCCAACUAGAACCGCCUUUCAGACCCAGAAUCAAAUCCCGAGAAGAUGUCAGUAAUUUUGACCCUGACUUCAUAAAAGAAGAGCCAAUUUUAACCCCAAUUGAUGAGGGACAUCUCCCGAUGAUUAACCAAGAUGAGUUUAGAAACUUUUCGUUUGUGUCUCCGGAAUUGCAACCUUAG